GCUGGAUGGUUAUAGUUUGUAUUUCAGUGUAUCAUCUUUCGCACAAGAAGACUAUAUAGCAGAUAUCUCCAGGAAAAUCAUUACAGAAGAACGAGAGACUCUUUGAUAUCAUAAUCAAGAAGAAGAAGCCUAAGCAGAAUCAUGAAACUACAACUUUUCCUGUACAUCUUGGUGUUGUUCUGGACAUUAGCAAUCGCUUCUGAAGGUCCUCCCACUUUGCUGACGAAAUAUAAUCCUAAAGAACUUCGAGUAAGAGCCGGAUCCAAGACCCACCUCCACUGUUUCGUGAAUGGAGUAAAAGACUCUCUGUUCUUCGAAUGGUCUAAGGAUAAUCAGCCUAUAGAUGUCGUGAGAAAAAGCCGUUUCAGGAUGUCCAGAAGUGGGACUCUCAAGAUUAAGCACACUAUCCUCCAGGAUACUGGGCACUACAUCUGUAAGGCCAUUAAUGGGUUCGGCAGCGUGGAGAACUCUAUAUUCCUUUUCGUUUAUGAAGCUGACGAGGGAAAGAGAAAAGAUACUUUGCCCAAACGAACCAAUCAAAACUUGAAAAUUGAAGGCUCAACUUCGAGUCCCAAAAUGAAAAAGCUAGAAAUACCAGGAACAUAUCCAAUAAAUACAACAGUUGAACAUGGAAAAACAGCUAUAUUUCAAUGUCGAGUACGGAGUUCAACGACUCCACACAUUCAGUGGCUAAAAAAAGUAGCUCAAACGGACGCUGAAAAUAGCAACGUUGUCAAAAUAGACGGAAACAGUUUCCGGAUUCUCAACUCAUCAGAAGUUUUCCAUAAGACGGAUGGACUAUUUCUGCACAAGCUACAGAUUUCCGAAGCUCAAGAAUCAGAUACAGGACAGUAUGUUUGUUUAGGGACUAAUACCCUGGGUUACAGCUACAGAUCCGCUUUCCUUAAUGUCAUUCCAAAACCAAAAACGUACGAGAUCAGAAACGCAGAACAAAACGGAAAAUGGACUGAAAGACCUAACAUCUUGCUGAUUUCUUUGCCAAUUUCCACAGGAUUGGUAAUUGUUGUUUUCUUAGCUAUACUGAUGAUUUACCGUCGACGUAAACAAACAAGAACAGCCAAAUCCAAGAAAAAAAAUGGAAAAUCUAAGGGUGUUUUGAAAGAAAGCCAACAAGAACUAUCGGACAAAGAAAACGAUGUGUUUUGUCACUUGAAGAACAGUUCUGGAACACUUACGGCCCCUGAUCAGAUGGCAUCAGGAGAUCAUAAUAAGAAGUGCCAGGGCCUGACACUGACUACAUUUACUGACGGAGCAUCAACUGUGUUACUAAAGUCUGAUUUUGUAGCCUCUCAGCACGCGAUUCCAGCAGAGACUGUGAUUCGUGGUGAAUCGGUGAUGACCAGGCUAUGCAGUAGCCCACCGACACCUCUACCAUUAGAUGAAGAGGCAUUAUACGUUCCAAUUGACACCGUUUGAUUAGGUAAAACGCCCUUUAAUGAGUAAGAAAGCACUCAGACUAACGAAGUUUGGAAAAUGAAUAAGUAAAGACAUUCUGACCAUCGCUCUUUUCGUGUUCUGUUGUUGUUGUUGUUUGUUUGUUUUUUACAUUUUUAUGGCACAUCUCUUUUGUAAAGGAUAACCACGUUACUAAACAAAACACGAGAUUAUAUUAUCAUUAUUUCCCUAGAUUUAUGUAAGUGUAUCUUUAUGAAGUUUGCCUCUAUAG